GCAGGGUGCGGAGAGCACCGAGCCCAGCUGCUGCCUAGGCCUGCUCACGUGUGAAAACUUCCUGCGAUGAGAACGGAAACAGGUGCCGCCCCCGCCACAACAGCCCCCAGAGCCCGGGCCAGAGGGGAGCCAUGGACAGGCCCCGAGCCCUGGUCCUGCUCUUGGCGCUGCUGACGCUCUGCGUCACUGCUGGAACCCCCAAAGUGUGGGUGCAAGUUGAGAUGGAGGCCACCAAGUCCUUGUCCUUCACUGUCCGCUGUGGAUUCCUGGGAUCUGGCUCUAUCUCCCUGGUGACUGUGAGCUGUGGGAGGCCUGAUGGUGCCGAAGGGACCAGCCUGGCUGUGUUGCACCCAGAAUUUGGCACCCAGCUGAGGGCCCCAGCCCACCAGGCCCACUGGGAAACCAAAACCAGCAUCUCCCUCACCCUGGAAGGAUCUGAGGGAAGAAGCCCCAGUCCCAACACCACCUUCUGCUGCAAGUUUGUUUCCUUCCCUGAGGGCUCCCAAGAGGCCUGUGGGAACCCCCUCCUCAGCGCAGACCAAGGGCUCUCUGCCUCUACGCCAGCCCCCAUACUGCGGGCCGACCUGGCUGGGAUCUUGGGAGUCUCAGGGGUCCUGCUCUUUGGCUGCAUCUACCUCAUCCACCUCCUGCAUCGGCAGAGGCACUGGUCUGUCACGAAGCUUCAGCCGCCCCUCAGCAGCCCCCAGGCACAGACGCCAGCAAGGGCAGCCGGCCAAGCCUCCCUGGCCUCUCUCCACAUCCCCUACGCCACGGUCAACUACUUCUGCCCACCAACUCUGGACACCGUCCUCCCGCCCCAGCCGCUGUCGAGGUGGGCGCCGCUCUCUACCCACAGGACACGCCAACCCCAGACACCUGCCGCCUGGGCCCCCCUGCCAGCCCCUGCUCGCAGCAGUUUCAUCUCCAUCGAGAAUGGACUCUAUACUCAGGCAGGAGAGAGGCUUCCCCACGUUGGCCCCAACCUUACCGCUUUCCCUGACCCUCUGGGGCCCAGAGCCGUGGAGGGGCAUUUAGGAGUUCGCUGAGAAGAGCCCCAAGUCCACUCAGCCUUCCUCCCCUCCCAGGCCUCUGGGACCCCCUUCUGUCGAGUGUCUGUGUCCUGGACGCCCACUGUCUUUGCUCAUCUUGUUUUAUUCUUAGGCCUCCAGUAAGUGUCUCCACACACGCCUGGCCAGGGCGCACUUGCUGCGGAUGUGGUCAGCGUGUGUGCAUGUGUGGGCACACGUGUGUGUGUGUGAGGUGACAAACCCCAUCCCAGGUGGUUUCCUGUUCUCAAGUCCCCAACUCUCCCAGGUCAUGUCAACAAGUCAACAAAAUGGUAUCUCUGACUGGA